CAACACAUGUGCGUUAAAAUGAAUGAAAUAAAAGAUAUUUCCAUAAAGAACGUACGUUUUUAUAUUUGUAAUUGAUAUUUUUAAAUUACACUAUAGAUUAAAAAGUAAUGAAAAGAUUGUUUACAUAAUAAAACAAGGAAAAAAAUAAUUCUGUAUUUUUAAAAACAAAGCUUAUUAUUUCAAUUUCGAAUACUAUUGUUGAUUAAAGUUUGGUUGGAUGAUCUCUUUUGUUUUUUUGCGGCAUCGUUCGAGCAUACGUCACAAUAGUUAACUUCUUUAAGAAAGUGCAUUACAUAAAUUAAAUUCUUAAUUGGGAAGGUCACAAGUUUAUGUUUACUGUUGGGUGUAGUGGCUAGUGUAGUUAAACGCGGCGCGCGCGCAGGCCACACGUGUACUAGAAGUGAACCGCUUCUUCCAAUUCGUAGAUCGAAUAGAAGUUUAGAAGCCUCGCUUAGUUUUACAGUGUUUACAUUACAUGCCGCCUAAAUUCGUGAACUAAAAUGUCAACCAAAGCAUAAACAUUAUACGAAAAUAAACCCGAAAUGAUGUUUUUGAUAAAUAUUCCAGUAAAAGUGGACAUGUCUUUAUCGAUACAGUAAUAUCGAUCAGCUGUUUGAGUGCGGAUACCGUUGUACUGUAACGAGAUGAGGAUCUAUUUUAUAUGGAUAAUUUUUAUGAUCUUGCCUUACGUGUUGGUGACUUCGCUACCGGUGCACCACCAAGAGAGUCACCAGUCGAACGUUGAAAAUAUUCCUACCAAUGUGCACCUACAACAAACUAAUGCUCACAAUAUACCAAAGCCCGACGAAAGUUCAAAUCAUGACGAGCAAAUCAUAUCUGUAAGAAUUACUUCAUCUGUCGCAGUUGGCAGAUCGAAAGCUAAGUCAUUUCAUAAAACAUCUGAUAGUAACAGAGACCACCUGGAAUCCGAAUUUCAUAUCACAACCCCUUCAAUAGAAGAUACUCAACCUUUUACUACAACCGUUUCCGACAUCGUAUCCACUGUUACUACAACAACUUUGGAAGAUGUUGAAAGUAAAACAGAAUUACCACCGAGCCUUGCUGGUGCUAACAUGGAGUUCCUUAAACAACUGCAAGCAAAAAAGGGAAUAAGAGGUCUGAACAAUUAUGAACGACAACAUUCUUUUAAUUCAGAAGAUGACGUGACGGAUUUUAAUCAGACAAAUGAUUCAGUGGCGGAGUCAUCCAUACAGUCUGUAUUCAGAGAAGAUAAGCUUUUAGUUGAUGUACCACUAGCAAGAUCUGUACCUUUGUCUUAUGGUUCAAAAAAUUAUAUUCAGGACCCACCCCAGGCGAAUUCAAGAUUAACGACGGUCAAUUUUAAUGUAGUGCAUGAUACACCAAAAAUAAAUAAUUAUAAUGAUCAUUUAUCUACAUAUAUUAACCCCACACAAUCAGCAGCAGAAACACAAGAGUAUUAUAAUCAACCUUCUAAGAUUUACAGUCAGCCAGCGCAAAUAUAUAGUGAACCAGCUAAAAUUUACAGUGAACCAGCGAAAAUUUAUAGUGAGCCCGCUAAAGUAUACAGUGAGCCUGCAAAAAUUUAUAGCGAACCUGCAAAAAUUUAUAGUGAACCCGCUAAAUUUUAUAGCCAGCCUGCUUCUUUGCAUCUCAAUGAUGGUAUUCAAUCAGGCGAUGUUACUUGGCAACAAAAAUCUUCUACAUCAGGGUAUAGCACGUUGCCAACUACAUCACCGUCCUAUCCUGCAAAUGCGCAAAGACAUAUCGGACACGAGCCUGAAAAAAAUUACGAGGUGGAUGAAAAAGUCAGUGUGAUGACUGAUGGACAAACACAUGGUGAACAACCUGCCAAUCCAGAAAACUGUAAACAAGAAAAUUGUAAAGUGGGUUAUGUGGUGGAAGGUCGACAGUUUAGGAAAUAUAGAGUUGAAGAAAGAACCCCAGAUGGUUUCAUUGUAGGAGAAUACGGGGUAGUAAGAAAUGAAGAUGGGGCACUAAGAGGCGUCAGGUAUACAGCCGACAGCGAUGCUAGUCCUCGUCUAAUACAUGACGCGCUUAUGAAGUUCCUGCAGUUGAAAUAGGUAAUACUUACUUAUUUUGUCAAAUAAUUUAGUUAUUUGGUGAUAAAACGUUUGCUCAUUUAAUUUAUAUAUUAUGUAGUUUUUCAGUGCUUAUUAAAUGCUUGUUUAUUCCACCAAUUCUCAGAUUGAAAUAAAAGACUGAGUGUCAUCAUGUUUAACUUUGUAUAUUCAU